GGUGAAUCAGCUCUUCAAUUUAAAGGGUAUGCAGAAGACUUAAAAUAGUGAAAAAAGUGUGUGAUUACAGACUUGUGUGUGAGGUUUUGAUUGUGGCGCAGUCAGUUGUUUGCCGAGAAGCCUUGAAAACUGUGUAUUGCCCCCAAAACAUUUUUAGAAUGAAUUAAUUGGUUGAAUACACAUUAAUUUAAACUGACACUAGCAUUCUUAACGUGGUGCGAUGGCGGAUGGAAAUUGUGGAAAAGGUUAUUACUACGAUGCACCUACAGGGAAGUGUAGGGAUUACGGAUGGCUUUGUGACACGCCGUCUUUAUAUUCACAUUCCUGUGACAAGUUAUGCCCAGAGUAUGGCGCAAAAAAACACGUGACUUCACAACCUCCUGGUCAAGAUAAUAGAUGGAAGUUAAACAUGCCUGGUUUGGUUAUUAUCGUAUGCGCUGUUUUGAUCCUCGUUUCAUUAUUAUACUUGCUGUGGAUGAUGGUUUCAAAAGGAAGUUUCGUAAUUUCCUUAAAGCCUUCCGUAACAGAAAGUAACCACACCCUGUCCAAGCUCAAAAAUGUCAUGGUGGGUUUCAGCUGGAAAUGAUACUACUUACCGGCAUUGGCUCUUAUCUUGAAAAACGACAUAGAAGCAAAUGGGCAAAGAAUUGACGAACCUAACUCAGUAACAAGUGUUUUAUGAAUAGUGAUAAAGAAAAUCUAAAGUGUAGAAUAAAGUGUUGAUACAAGUGAAAUAAAUAACGCGCAAAGUGAAACAAAUCAAUUGAUCGCGCAUCUGAGUAAAUAUAAUUAAAUCGCGCAUCUGAGAAACAGUACCAAAUCCUGCAUCUGAGAGACAAAAUAAUGAUAUCGCGCAACAUUGAAUAAUAAUAGUGCAAAGACAUUGGGUGCAAUGAACAUUUAAGGUGGUUGUGCCAUCAUGCACUACAUAUCUAUUAUCGCGCAUAAAUAUCAUAUCCCACAUUAGUGACAAAAUCUAGUGCAAAGACAUUGGGCACAGUAUGAACAUUUCAGGUGGCUGUGUCAGCACACUAGUAACCCCGAACAUGACAAAAAAGAAAA